AUGCUGCUUCGACGACACUCUUUCCUGUUUGCUCCACGCCGUGUAAACAGCGGUAACGGCAUCAAGAAGGCACAAACACGAGUGGUACCCUUCUCACAACAACAACAACAAGAAAAACAACAACAAGAAAAACAAGAAAAAGAAGAAAUUAAAGGAUGUAGCAGAGAAAAAGUUGCAGUUUCUUCUGCUACCCACUGCGGUGAUUCUGAGAAUAUGGAGGAAUAUUUCCUACAACGUCUUUCACAAGCACGGAAGGGGGUUUCAACCCAAAUAAAUACAUCAAGUUACCUGCCCUUUACACAAGAUAGUCUAAUAGAUACUCCAUGCAGUCCAAGUGGUAUUAUUCCUCACAAUCCUCAUACCACACUCUCAGUGAGAGAAGAUGUGCGUUUUCACCGUCGUCUCAGCAGUCGCUUCACGACGGUGUGUGAUCAGGAAAAAUCAUAUGGAACUGCAGAGAUUCCAUUUAACACUCUUUACAAUGAUGUUCAUUUGCGCUUUAAAUGGGCACGUGAGGCUAUGCAGAUAUUACAUGAAUCUAUUCAACAACAAGAAAAAGAAAAAGAAGGAAAAAAAGUAUUAGGUGGAAAUAAAAUAACACUACCGCGACGAUUAGUGGUACUUGUAUUGUAUUCACAUACACAACACAGUGUGGCUGUUGGUGGGCAUAUGAAACGUAUUCGCGAAAUCGUAAAAGCGAUGCUUGCAGAACGCUAUAAUGAAGUUUUAGGUCUAUUGACAGUUGCUGUUGGUAUAAAAUGUCGAAGUCUCGCCACUCCAACAAAAAGUAGAAGAAGAAAAGAAAUCUCAGAAGAGUGUGAAGAGUUAGGAAUGACAUUAGAUCAUAAUGACCCAUUUAUUCAAGAUGAUGUUUUGUGGUAUCCAAAUGCUGGUUUAUACACAUUUAACGCAUCUCUACAGUGUAUUUGUGCAGCCGCCGUGCAGAAGGGGAAAAGUAAAGAAAAUCUCUCUAUUCCCGCAUUAUAUACAAAAGUCCUUAUUGUAUCAGAGGGAUGGUUGCACGCACGAACAGCGGCAGAAUUACAUCAGCCGCAUCUAUCAUACUGUGAAGAUGAGAGAAGUAGGGAAGAAACAUCUACGGUGCAGGUGGAGCCACUUCCCUUUGUGUUGGGUAGUGCACACAGUGAGGAAGAACUGUACCAGUUUGCUCGCUAUACUGCUUGUAGGGCGUUAGUGUAG